AUGGCAAAUAUCACAUACAGAGAUCCAGAGCUAGAAGAGAGCUUCUCCUUCAGUAGCUGCUUUGACUUCAACUCCUCAGCAUUCCAAUCGAUUUUCUCAGAUGAAAGCGACGACGAAUCCUACAUUGAAAUAGCCCUUGAACCCUCCCAGAAAAAUGGUCAUGGAGAUAUUAAUUACUGGACUGACGAUGAGGAAAUGGAGCUACGCAUAUCAUUUUCUUCUUGUGUUCCCUUCCAAGAACUCUCCACCACAAAAACCAGCAACGUAUAUGAGUUUUCGUCUCCAACAUCAUCAUCAACAGCAUUCACUACGAGCUCUUCUUCGCCUUCCAUGGAAAGUAGUGAUCAACGGGAUGGACAAAUGGGGUCCAAGGCAGCUUCUACUUGUAAAGUCCAAAAGACCAUUGCAAGGAAGGUGCAGUUUCCUAAAGCGAACAGUUUUCUCAAUCUGUUAAAGCCCAGUUUGACGGUAUCAUCUGAGGCCGGUGAUGAAAAUGGCCGUCCGGCCAACAACAAUCACUUGGGGCCUGUACGCAGCAGUACAAUGAAAGGAUCAAAGGCAUCUGCAAUAAACAGCAAUGGCAUAAUGAUGAAGUUCUUGGUCAAAUUUCGAACCUUGAAGAUUCGGAAUUUGCUCGCAUCAUUUAUGAAGUCUUGCCAAGUAAUUAACAUCCCCCCAGAAAAGAAAAAAGUUGGGACAUAUCAGAAGCUAAUGAAGCCCUUUGACAAAUGGUUAGUGCAAAAAGAACAAGGCAGUAGCAGCAGAAACUACUCGAAUAAUCUCUUUGGAAAUGGCGAGAGGUCAAGAGUAUUGGAGAUGGACUUGGAUGCAAUUAGAGGAGUUUUCGAAGCAAUGAGUACUGGCAUUGGUCGCAAAGAUAGAAAAUUUGAAAGUUGCCCAAGUUCUACAAAAUCCUCCCCAAUUCACCAAGGUUUCUCAAGUGAUCACCAGGAUCAUAAAACAUGUGCUAAAGAUAACUCAAUUCAGGCUGCUAUUGCUCAUUGUAAGAGAUCCUUUGGUCCCAAAAUUUCUGGGCGUAAGCAGACAGAGUUGUCAAGAAAGGACGACUACUCGCGUUUCGUCUAUUUGGAGCAGGACUUAAGAGUUCGAGCUCCCUCGCAUCUUAGAUCAACAAAUACUCGAAAAAUGAAAAAAGAGAGCAAAUCUCAUCCCACCCUUUCGGGUUACAGAGGGCUAGAAUUUGGGUUAAAACACCCAAGUGUUCAUGCAUAG